CUUGGAAGACUUGGACCGUCACUUGCAGCUGGACGGGAGGGAGUAUGCAUUUGGAAAUUGAACAGGAACAGCGCACAAUUUCCAUAUCAGAACGGAAGCCGUAUGGAACCGCAAGCUCCCGCCGCCAGUGCCUCCGCUUCUUCCCAGCCUUCUGAGCCCUCCCAGUCCCACCCAUCUCAACCUCCCUCUACUUCCUUCCCUCCCUCGUCCUCAUCAGCCCCUUCCCUCUCUGCUCCCCUCCAUUCUUCCCCAAACCCUAAUGCCAUUCCCAAUCCAGCAACCUCCAAAGCCCCCUCCACCUCUCCUCUUCCCUCUUCAUCGGUCCCCCCUCAACCUCGCCCUCCCUCCGCACUCAACAGAAAUUUGCCGCAGCAACCACAACAGCAGCCGCAGCCGCAUUAUCCGCACUUCUCUUCGCCUCUCUCUUCACUCCCUCCUGCUUCUCCUGCUCCAGUGGGUUCCGGGUCUUCCUUUUCGUCUACCGGCUCUCCGUCAAUCUCAGGGCCUUCCGCACCAAGGGGUGGCAUGGCAAUCGGCGUUCCCACCCACCACCAGAACCCGUCGGCUCCGUUUUCUUCCUCUUUCGGGCAGCAUUUUGGAGGGUUGGGACGAACUGGAGUCAACAUGCCGGACUCAACCUCUAAUUCUACCGCUGCUCAGGUGAGAGCGCCCACGCAAGGAAUGGGCAUGCUAGGAUCUCUCGGUUCAAGUUCUCAAAUGCGACCAGGUGGUAUGCCUCCGCAUCAACACCGACCCGUCCAAUCAUCUCUUAGAGCGCCAUCUGCCCAAAGUAAUCAGUCCACUGGUUCACAAAGUUUCCAAGGACCUGGACUCAUGAGAGCUUCAUCAGUGGGAUCUCCUGCAUCACCAUCUAUAAGUUCAUCACAAGGCAUGCAGUCAAUUAAUCAGCCGUGGUUGUCUUCUGGAUCACCAGGGAAGCCUCCUCUACCAUCUGCUUCUUAUAGGCAACACCCACCAUCCCUGCAGCAAAGGUCACAUAUACCUCCCCAGCAGCACUCAACACCAACGGCAUCACAGCAGCAGCCUUUGCCAUCAAAUCAGUUGCAGGAGCAUUUGGGGCAGCAAGUUCCAUCAUCAAGGGCGCUUCAUAUGCCUCACCAGCAACAGAACACAAAAGUGCAAGGACCUGGCAAUCCAAAAGCUACUUCUCUUGUGUCAGCACAACCUAGUGCCGUUCAAGUAGGGAUUCAGGGUCGAACAUCUAACGCAGAUGCUGAUGAAUCUUGUAAUAGAAUUCUCAGCAAAAGGACCAUUCAUGAGCUAGUCACUCAGGUUGAUCCAUCAGAGAAGCUGGAUCCUGAAGUUGCAGACGUUCUGGUGGAUAUAGCAGAAAAUUUCUUAGAGUCUAUCACUAAAUCUGGCUGCUCACUUGCCAAGCAUCGUAAAUCUACCAUGUUGGAAGCAAAGGACAUUCUUCUACAUUUAGAGAAAAAUUGGAAUAUGUCACUUCCUGGAUUUGGUGGCGAUGAGAUUAAAAGCUAUAGAAGACAGCUUGCUAGUGAUAUUCACAAAGAGCGUCUUGUAGCUAUAAAGAAGUCGAUGGUAGCAACAGAUGGCGCACACCACAAGGGUUCAGCUGGCCAGGCAUCUGCUGGUGCAAAGGGGAGUCAAGGAAAGACACCUGGGAAUGUCUUUAGCUCGCCCACUAUAAAGAAUUCAUGAGUUGCAUGAGGUAUUGGUGCUUCAUGCAGUAAGAUCCUAUCAGCCAGGUACUUCUGUUUGCCAUUAUGCACCACAACUCAAAUGGCAUCUGUGCCCUUCUGGCUAUGAAGUGCAGUGCAGAUUCAAGAGUCCACUAAUGUGAGCUUUAGCUUUGAAAUGGUGCCGUGCUGUGGAGUAUCGCACCAAAAAAUGCUGUACAGUGCAAUGAUUGUUUCAUUUCUUUAAUACUAGGUUAUUAAAAUUAUACAAGUGUAAUGCACUUCUUUUUUAGUGGAAGGCCAAUCAUUACUGGCAUGUUCACAUAAUGCUUUUCCUAUUAGACGGUUCUGGUUCAGUUCGUUUGGGAAUGCUAAACGUUGCACUCUGAUCCUUAAGUUGCUGUCGAACUUCUCCAACCUAAGCUGAGUUAUAUAACUUGUGAGCAUCUUACAAUAAUAUAUUGCCCCCAAUCUUGAGGUGCCUUGACGCA